AUUUGCAUCUCGAUAUCAGUGCAAAUUCGGCUAUCAGAACUCGUGUAUCCUAACGCAGACGCAGCGCAAACGUACGCAACUUCAGUUACGGUUAUAUUUACAGAAACAGCUUAUCGCCAAAUUUUGAAAAGCAUGAAGGUCCUCGUGGUCCUGUGCGCUCUUGUAGCAGUUGCCUCUGCCGGUUAUAUACGCAGCGGUUGGGGCGGCGGCUCCAGCGGCUGGGGUGGCUACGGCGGUGGCGGUUAUGGGAGCGGUGGUUAUGGUAGUGGUGGAUAUAGCGGCGGUGGCUGGUCCGGCGGCUAUUCAUCACCGAAAGUCAUCAAAGUGAUUACCCUUGGAAGCAGCAGCGGCGGUUAUGGUGGUUAUGGCGGUGGUGGCUAUGGCGGCAGCGGCUGGAGUGGUGGUCACGGUAGCGGCGGCUGGGGUGGCAACAGUGGUUGGGGCGGCAGUGGCUGGAAUAGCGGCUAUGGCGGCGGCAGCGGUUGGUGGAAGAUGCGCGCUUUCGUCAUUGUAUUGUUGUUGGCCUUGGUCGCCUUAGCCGUGGCAGGCGGUGGCGGCUGGCAAGGAGGCGGUGGUGGUGGUGGUAGAGGCGGCGGCGGUGGAUACGGUGGUGGCAGCAAAGGCGGUUAUGGUGGCGGUGGAGGUUACAGUGGCGGCGGUGGUGGUGGUUAUGGUGGUGGCAAACGAGGCGGCGGCGGUGGUGGCAGCUAUGGUGGAGGCGGUGGUUUUGGCGGUAAAGGUGGUGGUGGAGGAGGCUGGCAAUCCGGUGGUGGUUCAGGCGGUUAUGGUGGCGGCAAAGGAGGUGGUGGCGGCGGUGGCUACGGUGGUGGUGGUCAUGGUGGCGGCGGCGGUGGAUAUGGUGGUGGUGGUGGUGGCGGUAAAAAGUGGUAAGUCAUCACUCGGCCACAUCAAACAUCAACGGUAUACAGAACUGGAUUUGCUUCAAGGAUAUAUGCUCUGCCUCAACCAACUGGACUCUUUCGCUCGUCUUGAAAAAGGAAGAAAAAAAAACAUAAAAUUAAAACUUUGCUAGAACAUUUGCUUUCGACUCACAUAACUAUGCUGGUUUAUAACUUUAUAAUAAAGUAAAAAAUUAUAAAUAUAAAAUGGCAUUUUAAAGAACAAA